GGUUCUGUCCAGCAGCCGCCUGUCCACCAGCGGCGCUGCGGCGCUCUCACCCCGCCCGGGAGGGAGCGGGGAAAAGCGAUCGGUGGCUGCCCCCAGCGCUUCCGCCCACAGCACCGAGCGCCGGGCGGAAGCAGAGGAGCGGCCUCGUCUCGUGAGCGCUCUGUGGGGGGCGAGGGCUCCUCGCGGUCGGCGGUGCCAUGUCGGCGGUCCCGAGGAGCUACAACCCGUUCGCGGAGGACGAGGAUGAGGAUGGGGCGUCGGCGGGUCCCGGCGGGGCGGGCGGCGCGGACCGGCAGCGCUACCUGGAGCAGGAGGUGCUGCGCCGGUCCGCCGCCACCGCCGACAGCACCACCCGCUCCCUGUCUCUUCUCUACGAGUCGGAGCGCAUCGGCGUGGCCGCCUCCGAGGAGCUCGUCCGGCAGGGAGAGGCUCUGAAGCACACGGAGCAGAUGGUGGAUAAAAUGGACCAAGACUUGAAAACCAGCCAAAGGCACAUAAAUAGCAUCAAGAGUGUUUGGGGGGGCUUGGUAAACUACUUCAAAGCCAAACCUCCAGAGAGCAAGCCAGAGCAAAGUGGAGCCCCUGAAUAUUAUGCUAACAGCAUGUUAAAAGAAGCAAUGAUGUCUAGUAAAGAACAAGAGCCAAAGUACCAGGAAAGCCAUCCAAAUCUAAGGAAGCUAGAUAAUUCAGACAAUGAUUUCAACAAAGCAGAUUUAGUUUCUUCAGUGCAAAGGGAUGCCUACCCAAAGAAUCAACAACUGCGAGCUUAUCACCAGAAAAUUGAUACCAACUUAGAUGAGAUGUCUUCUGGGCUGAGUCGCCUGAAAAGCCUUGCUCUUGGCCUGCAGACUGAAAUAGAAGAGCAGGAUGAUAGGUUGGAUCGGCUCACAAAGAAAGUAGAGACACUGGAUGUCAACAUUAAAAACACUGAUAGGAAAGUCCGACAACUUUAAAGGAUUUUUAGAAUUUCUUUUGUCUAGUGUUGGUUCAUCCUGAAUGCCUCAUCUCUACCAGUCUCGUAAAAAAUUUUUUUGGGCAGUAUCUGUUUCUUUUUUUUUCCUGCUAUGUUACUGGUUUUGUCAUUAAAAUUGCAUUGCCUUAAGUCAGCACAAUACUUUACAUUUCCUCUUAGUCCACAUGGGAGAAGUGCAUGUGGAGGAAAAUCUCUCAGCAUUGGGUCAAGAUGCCCAGCUCAAUUGCAUAACUGCUCAUGUGCACAGAGGAAUUCGCACUCCACAAAGUUGCAGUAUCCUUGGCCUGGGAGCUGUGAUGAGAAAAAGAACUGCAUUUUUGCCUCUGUUUUGGGGAGGGGGCAGGGGGAAUAGAAUGUGCUGCCUUGUUCAGAACAAAUGUUGCUAAUUCUGUUUACCUACAGAUAUGUUAAAUUCAGGAAAAAUGCUGAUUUCCAGCUGUAAAAAUAUUUUUAAGUGACUAUUCUCUGGCAUUUCUGAGGCUCAAGAAGUGAACUGUUCUGUGGAAGAUGUAAAAUAUCAAGGGUGUCAUGCAGCAAUGCUAAUAUCCUGUGUGUGUUCCCUUUGCCCAAAUGGUGCAUUCACAUAUUGUGGUUUUUAUGUUUGGGUAACUAAAUACUUUUGUUUUUACAGUCUUGUCAGUCAAGGUAUUUAAGGGUAUCUUAUGGUCUGCAAGAAAUGUUCAUUGACACUGACCCAAAAAGUUUGGUUAACAAAAUCAGGACUUAAAUGUAUGUGCUCUUAAAGACUCUUCUGCAGAAAUGGUCACCAUCUGGUUUUAAUUUUCUGCUCUUUGUUUGUUCAUUUAAGUGGUUAUUUGAAAAAACAGCUUCCAUUUUAGAAAUGGAGAGUUGAUCUGAUAGUGCAAACAGAUUAUAGAAGAUUGUUCUUUAGUGUUUAUUUCAGAUGUGAUUACAGAUGGAGCAGAUGCUGUGCUUUGCUAAGUAAUGUGACUGUUAGGAAACUCCACUAUGGUUCACAUGUAUCUGCAUUGGCUUAGCAGGUAUGAAUAAUUCCUGCAAAUGAAGAAAAGCCCAAAACUAUUUUUGAGUCUUCCAGAUAGAAUUUGGGGCUUUCACUUUGUUUUGUUAUUUUGUAAGGGUCACUGUAGAAACAAAAUAAUCACAAUUCUAAGCCAGCCUGAAGACAUGACAGCGAGAACUUGCUGUCUUGAAACAAGUGAAAUAUUCCUGUUUGGGGAAGCCAAGGGACCUGUGUCAUUAUUAGAACAUCACAAGUGACAGUGUGGGGCUAGGAAGAGAUUGUUACUUCUUUUGAACUAAUGCCACAUUGCCUUAUGAAUUAAAGAAAGACUUUGGUGUUCUGGGCUAUCAAGCUUGUCCCCUUCACAGGUGUCACAUUCACGCCCCCCUUGUUCCUUUUUCAAGGGAUUUGUUACCUUGAGCUCACUUGCCACAAGGUGUAUCCGAGAAACUGAGCCUUUCUUGUUUUACUAUGUCUCCAGAAAGUUCACUUGUAGAAAAAUAAAUUAUUAAAAAAGCUACACUUAUUUGACUUAGUAUUAUGGAAAAAAUACUAUUUCUGGCAUACUGGCAGGGUUGAGUUGUGAAUUAGAUUUAAGGUGAGCCUCUCUUUCCUUUGUUACUAAUGGCAUUGAUUUCAGUCUCUCCCCCCCCCCCCCCCCGCAAAAAAAAAUUUCUUUUGGAGGGACAUAAAACUUCAAGAGCAAUUGAGUACAUUUAAUUGCUUGAUAAUUUUUGUUUGUAUCAUUUAUGCACAUUAAGAAUUAUAAAUAGCCUAUUAAUAUUAACAUAUCAUUUUACUAUUUGGGUUUAUACCAUGAUUAAUUCUUAGUCUGUUAGAAUAUUUAUUAAUUAUGAUUUGAGGUCUCAAGACAUUUGAUACAUUUAUUUAGUAAAUUAUACAGUUGUUAGUAUUCAUAUGUGAAGUACCUCAGUGAAGGGAGAUCAAAAAUUUUGAUUAUAACUGGUUUAGUUUCUUAUUUGCUUUAAUAACACUCCUUUUAAUGUGAAACUUGCCUUCACUUGUAAGCAAAUGUGUCACAACUCAGUGUUUGCUAAAGUAAGAUUGAUAACAAGGAUGGACACUGAGACUUUCUUCACUAAGUUAUAGCAAAUGAAGGAAAAAUCAUACAGAAGAUCUGGUUGUGUUAUGUGUAGUAAGAAAUCUGGAGCUUGAAUCCAAGCAAAAAUCUUUGAUUUAAGGGUGAAGUGUGCUGCCUUUCUGUUGUAUUCCAUGUUUAGUCUAAAUUAUUUCAACAAAAUUAACUCAAGUUUUUGAGCAAAUGUUUGAGAAAACCCUGAUCCAAGCAGAGUAGAGACCCAGGAUCUCAGCCAUGUGGAAUCUUUAAAGAAGUCCAACUCCUCAUGUCUUCUAACAAUCCCAUUCACUCCCUCAGUAAUGUAUGCCUGCCUUUGCUUAGGUUUUCCUACUCUAUUUAUUAUUUUUGUUUGGUUUUAAUGGCCUUGUUUUAAAGGAUCAUUUCCCACACUGGGUUUCGUUUGCAGGGGAAAAAAGAUGGUGCAUGGAUAUAAAAGAAUUUCUGCUAUAAACUGAAUUUCUUUUCUCUGCUUUCAUAUUGAUUUUUGCUGAUAAUAAACUUAAUCUAACUGAUGUGAGGAGACACCACUAUUUUAUAAUAGUGAUUAUAUUUUAUAAUAGUGAUGAAUAGUGUUUUGUUAUCUCUUGGAAUAACUUUCCAUCGUAAAGGAAGAGGAAAUUUAAAGGAAAACAACUACAUGAUUCUUGCUUUUCCAGGAAAUGCUAUUUUGCAUGUAUAAUGAAGGAUUUACUUCAGUAGCUUUUCUCACUGUUUCCUGAGAUGGAGUUUUAUUUCUUCUUGGCUGCUGUUGAAAAACUUAGACUGAAGAGUCCAGGACUUUCAGGAGAAGCUUAAUUGCACUCAUGUGCUAAUUUUUGAUAAUGAUUUUGCCAGCAUAUUCAUGUUGGCAUAUAAGCUGGUGUUCUUGCAGCAAAAUAGCUCUGGUUAAUUUUAUUGGCUUGGGUAGAAGUUUAAUAAGGUCAGAAGAAGAUGGCAAAAAAAAUUUAAAUAUUCUUUAUAAAAGGCAAUUUGCCAAUUUCUCAAAAAGUUUGCCAAUCAGUUUUGAAGAGAUCUUAAACCCUGGGAAAUAGCAUAUACCCUUCAUAACACAGACAUAAAAUUCUAAAAGCAGCAAGGAAAGAGAAAGGGAAUAACUGGUAUCUGAUUACUAGACUCCUUGGUGUAUUUGAUUUUUAAAUUUCCUGAGCAUUGAAUUAAAUCUUGUAACAAAUGAUAUGUAGAAGUUUAGUCUGUACUACACAGAUUUUGUGCUGGGCUGAGCUAUAUUUGCCCUACUGAAAUCGUUGGGACAUGUCAGGGGUUCUAAUGUGUGAAAUUCACCUGAAAUAUUUUGCUGCCUAGUAGUUUUUGUGGAGUGAUGUCAUUUGUUAAAUGUUAAAUGGUUAAAUAGAAAAUACUUUCCAACCAGUCUGCCUUCUGAACAAACAUUUUUGUAGGCACUUUUACAAGCAUAACAUCAUAUGGAAGAUUACAUAGGACUUAAUUUUCAAACCACAGAUAGUGAUUGUGUCUGAUUUGUGUCUAUGGCUUUUAUAAAUAGAACUUUAAUUCUGUGCCACCCAGGUAUAACACAUUUUGUACAAGUCAAAUUGCAUUAUCUUUUAUUUAAAUGCUAAACUGGACUGUAGUUCACCAGUUUAAGAGAUUGAAUGGAAUGAGUAUUGAAUGGUAAAGUCAAUAAAAGGUGCUUAUUGUUAAUGAA